UGCAGUGUUCAUGGCUCCAGGCCCCCAGCGUAUCGGCUCUACGUAUAAGAAGGCUGUGUACAAGCAGUACACCGACUCCGCCUACAGGACGGAGGUGGUGAAGCCAGAGUGGCUGGGCUACCUGGGGCCGCUGCUGUCGGCCGAGGAGGGCGACACACUGGUGGUCCACCUGAAGAACAUGGCCUCCAGGCCCUACUCCAUCCACCCCCACGGGCUCAACUACAGCAAGGACAACGAGGGAGCCCUGUAUCCUGACGGCACCGGGCCGGACAAGAAGCACGACGACUCGGUGGCGCCGAGCCGGCUGGUGACGUACGAGUGGACGCUGCCCGCCUCCCAGAGCCCCACCGCCGACGACGCCAACUGCCUGACCCGCUUCUACCACUCCCACGUCUCCGCCCCCAAAGACAUCGCCUCCGGUCUGGUGGGACCGCUCAUCACCUGCAAGAGAGGGACUCUGGACGUGCACGGGGACCGGUCGGGGGACUACCUGUACGCCCUGCUGUUCAUGGUAUCGGACGAGAACGAGAGCUGGUACCUGGACCAGAACAUCCAGGUGAAGAUCCCCCAGCCCGCCCGCGGGCUGAAGGAGGACGAGGACUUCAUAGAGAGCAACAAGAUGCACGGUAUCAACGGCUUUGUGUACGGUAAUCUGCCGGGACUGAGCAUGUGUCAAGGAAACAAAAUCCACUGGCACCUGUUUGGCUUAGGCAAUGAGGUGGACAUCCACUCGGCCCACUUCCACGGGCAGAUCCUGACCACCCAGAACCACCACACCGACACCGUCAGCCUCUUCCCCGCCUCCAGCAUGACGGCCGAGAUGACCGCCGACAACCCCGGGCACUGGCUGCUGUCCUGCAACGUCAACGACCAUAUGAAGGCCGGCAUGCAGGCCUUUUUUGAGAUCAAGAAGUGUUUCCCUAACGUCCAUAAGCCCCGCCCGAUCGGAGAGGAGAGACAGUACUUCAUCGCUGCCGAAGAGGAGGUGUGGGACUAUGCUCCUACACAGCCAACAGACGGUGAAGCUGAGCAGUACAUCGUGAAGGGGGCGAGCCGCAUUGGAAGGUCUUACAUGAAGGUCCGCUAUGUGGAAUACACGGACACCACCUUCCUGACCAAGAUGCUGCGUGCCCCGGAGGAGCUGCACCUUGGCAUUCUGGGCCCGGUGCUGCGGGCGGAGGAGAAGGACACCAUCAAGGUGGUGUUCAAGAACAAGGCCACUCGCGCCUACAGCAUGCAGCCCCACGGUGUCCAGUACAACAUCGAGCAGGACGGAACUCUGUACUUCAAUGAACUAGAAGGGAUAGUUACCCCACUACCAGCGGCUCUGGUCCAGCCUGGGACGGUACACACCUACGAGUGGCUGGUUCCCAUCGGCGCUGGGCCGACCGACGGGGACGGGGCCGACUGUCUGACCUACCUCUACUACUCUGGCGUGGACCCAGUCAAGGACACCAACUCUGGUCUGGCUGGGCCUCUUCUUAUCUGCAAACCUAAAGCGCUGAAGAAAGGUGUCCAGAAGAACUACAAUAAAGAGUUCCACCUGAUGGCCACAGUGUUUGAUGAGAACCUGAGCUGGUAUCUGGACCACAACAUAAGGACCUACACCACAUCUAUCGACACGGUCAACAAGGAAGACGAGGACUUUGUGGAGAGCAACAGAAUGCACGCUCUGAACGGCUACGUGUACCGGAGUCUCCCCGGCCUCACCAUGUGUAAGAACGACAAGGUGUCCUGGCACCUGUCAGGUCUCGGCUCCGAGCUGGACAUCCACAGUCUCUAUUUCUAUGGCAACCGCUUCCUCUACCGUCAGACCAGGAGAGACAGCAUCAGUGUCUUCCCUCACAUCUCACACACUGUCGUCAUGGAGCCGGAUAGCAUGGGGUCCUUCGAGGUGGUGUCGGCCACGGCGGCCGACUACACUGCCGGGAUGCGAGCCAACUACACGGUGGAGAAGUGCGGCCUGUUCCAGACGCAGGGCGAGACCAUGCUGCGCUCAUCCACCUACUACAUUGCCGCCAUGGAAACCACCUGGGACUACUCUCCCAACCGCACCUGGGAGGAAGGGCUGUUCACGGAUCUCAACCACAGUCCUGGCAAAGCGUUUCUGGACAAGCAGGGAGGAUUUAUCGGCUCCCGCUACAAGAAGGUCGUCUACCGCCAGUUCACCAACGACAAGUUCAUCAGGCAGAUGGACCGACCGGCCGACAUGGAACACCUGGGAGUCCUGGGUCCUAUGAUGCACGGCAUUGUGGGUCAGAGGGUGAAGGUGAUCUUCAAGAACAUGGCGUCCAGACCAUACUCCAUCCACGCCCACGGAGUGAAGACGGAGAGUGCGGUGAUCUACCAAACACCACCAGGUGAGACCCACACCUACACCUGGUACCUGACCAAGACAGCCGGACCAACCGAGCAGCAAGAGUCCUGUUCUGUCAUGGCCUACUACUCCACCGUCGACAUAGUCAAGGACAUGUACAGCGGUCUGAUUGGUCCGUUGGUCAUUUGCAGAAGCAGCUGGGGUCGGACACUGGGCCUGAAGAAGGAAGUCGAGGAGUUUGCUGCGCUCUUCAUGGUGUUUGAUGAGAACGAGAGCUGGUACCUGGAUGACAACAUCCGAACCCAAAUCGUGAACCCGCCCAGGGGCCUGAAGGACAACGAGCUCUUCAUAGAAAGCAACAAGAUGCACGCCAUUAAUGGUCGCAUGUAUGGGAACCUGGAGGGUUUGAACAUGGUGGUGGGGGACAAGGUGUACUGGUACCUGAUGGGAAUGGGAAGCGAGGUGGACAUACACUCUGCACACUGGCAUGGUCACAGCGUGGAAUACAAGAUGGGCGGAGGGCGGUACCGCACUGACGUGUACGACCUGUUUCCGGCCACAUUCCAGACGGUGAAGAUGCGUCCGGAGAUCGCUGGCAGCUGGCUGAUGCACUGCCAUGUCUCAGACCACAUCUCCGGUGGCAUGGAGGCCAUCUAUACCGUCAGAGAAAAAGCAAAAGGAGGUCGAUUUGGCUGAGCUGCAGUGUCAAGGAGCAGAUUAAGAAAGUCGUCAAUGUCCACAAAUAAGAAGGCAUAAACGUCUGUGUAUGCGGGAUAGGCAAUGACAAGCUAGACUAAAUCACUAAACUCUUUCCAGAAAAAUGAAUUUAUAUCCACUGGCCCCCUGAUGGCAGUAUAGACUUAUUGUGUAGUCUCAGCUCCCUUGCUUGAAAUGUGUGAUUGCAACUUACACUGAUGUAGAUGCAUUGGAUGUUGGAAUAAAGUGCUUUGAAAUUUGC